CAUCCCUCUUCCGCUGCUUUGGUAGAUCUACGAUUCUGCGGCAAUCCCAAAGAGUCAACGACGCCGUCGAUCACCUCAAAUCCGGGGGCUUCCCCUUUUUCUGCAAGGAUACCCUGAACACAUCUCCAGAUCUGCAAUCUAGCAGGGACUGAAACGAUGGCUUUUGAAUCAAGAACUAAUGGUUUCCUGCAUAUUGUAUAUUCAGAAAUGGUGGGAUUAUCUAUAGGAGAGAAGUAUUUCAUACAGGGUGGCAUUGCUCAGGACCUUCGCACUGAUGGUCGGAAAAGAUUGUCGCCUAGACCCAUCUUUGUUGAAACUGGAAACAUUUCCCAGUCAAAUGGUUCAGCAAGGGUCAGGAUUGGUGCCACAGAAGUCAUUGCCAGUGUGAAGGCUGAACUUGGAAGGCCGAGCGCAUUGCAUCCUGACAAAGGAAAAGUCUCUAUAAAUGUUGAUUGCAGUCCAACUGCAGCACCAAUGUUUGAGGGUAGAGGGGGUGAGGAGCUGUCCUCAGAACUCUCAGUUGCUCUUCAGCGUUGUCUAUUAGGUGGUAAAAGUGGAUCAGGUGCUGGAAUUGACCUCUCUUCUCUGGCUAUUGUGGAAGGAAAGAUUUGUUGGGAUCUUUACAUUGAAGGCCUUGUUGUUAGUUCAGACGGAAAUCUACUAGAUGCCCUAGGUGCUGCUAUUAAGGCUGCUUUGAGCAAUACAGGCAUCCCAAGAGUAAAUGUUGCAGCUGGUGCAUCAGGAGAUGAGCAACCAGAGGUUGACAUAAGCGACGAGGAAUUUCUGCAAUUUGACACAUCCAAGGUCCCUGUCAUUGUUACAUUAACGAAGGUAGGCAGGCACUAUAUUGUAGAUGCCACAUCAGAAGAGGAAUCCCAAAUGAGCUUAGCUGUUUCUAUUUCAGUCAACAGGCAAGGGAACAUAUGUGGGUUGACAAAAAGGGGUGGUGCAGGCCUAGAUCCAAGCGUCAUUCUUGACAUGAUAUCUGUAGCACUAAGUGUAAGUGAGAGGCUGAUAAACACAUUGGAUUCUCAGAGAGCUGCGGCUGAAGCUGGUAAAGAUGAGUUGUGAUGAUAAGUAGAACCUCUGAUACAUUAAAGUAGGUGUAGGUGGGUUCACACAGGUCCUAGUUAUAUGAAAGACUGUAAUUCUGAAUUUCUGAUGGUAAAAAAAGCCAUGCGAAUAAUUCAAAUUUGUUGUAUCGGUAUUUGGAACCCUUGUCCAAUAUUAGUAUUGGCAUGCUGUUAAAGAACAAGAGUUUGCUAAGAUUGCUUUUGUAGUCCAGAUAUCCAUCAUUUUGACA